GAUCAAGAUGUUUUACCAAGGUGAUUUACAGAGCGGAAUUAGUAAAGCUGUGCAGGAAGCCAAGUUGGUUGCUUGCUUCGUGGCAGAUGAUGGCGAAGAGAGUCAGCUGUGGGAAAAUGAGUUUCUCCAAGAAGAAGCUUUGAAGGCCUCAUUAUCAAAUCAAACGGUUCUGCUUCGACUCGUGGCAGGCUCAACGGAAGCUGGAUACUUAGCAGCUAUCUUCCCUCUGCCAAAAACCCCAACACUGGUGCUCAUAAAGAAUGGAGAACUAAAAGAGUAUCUGGCUGCGGGAGUCUCUAAGGAAGAUUUCUUCCGUCGUAUGAACCUCGCUCUGGGAUCUACCAGUGCCGCCCAGACAGCGCCAAUACAAGCAGCCCCUCCAACAGCAGUCCCCAGUCAGACUACCCAAAAUCCAGCUUCUCCUCAACCUCCGCGCUCACCGCCAUCCACACCUUCAAGCAACGCCCCGCCAACAAGAGCCUCAGCUCCAGGUCCAACCAGCCAUCCAGCAGAGUCACGUGAUGAAGAGACCGCCGAUGAAAAGAAAGCUCGUCUGGAGGCCCAAAAGAAAGCCCUGCAAGCAAAAGAUGAAGCCCGCCGUGCAGCAGAAAUCCGGGCUAGAAGAGAUGAGAUCGAAGGGGUAGCAUCUAAGUCGACCGCCGACAAGAAGUACGCCAUGAUGCAUAAGAAGCGAGCGCAAGAUGCCCGAGAUGAGCGAGCUCGCAUUCUCAAGCGGGUAGAAGACGACAAAGCCGAAAGACGGGAACGAGAAGCGCAGAGAAAGGCCGAGGCUAAGGCUUUGGCUGAGGGUGUACCUCUUCCGACUGGGUCGAGCAGCAGUCUUCAGCAGGCAAAGUCGACGAACUCGGUCGAAUGCGCUCUGCAGAUUCGACUCUUUGAUGGGUCAACUAUUCGAAGUCGAUUUCCUUCUUCGGCGAGUCUGAGAAGGGAUGUUAGGCCCUGGAUCGAUGAGAAGCAGGCGGGUGACCAGCCGUAUAAUUUCAAGCAAGUCCUAACACCACUACCAAAUAAGAAUAUCGAGACCUCUGAGGAAGAAGGAACCCUCCAGUCACUCGGUCUUACGCCUAGUGCCACCCUUAUCCUCGUACCUAUUGCUGCAUAUAGUUCGGCCUAUGAAGGCGGCACGGGACUCAUAUCUCGCGGUGUUUCGGUUGGGUAUGGAUUAGUAUCUUCUGGGUUGGGAAUGGUCACAGGUCUUUUGGGUGGCAUUUUAGGAGGAGCUGGUGCUACUCCUCCCUCUGCUGAGGAGCAUCGUCAGACUCCAACCUCGACGCCUAACCCGAACCCGUCAAUUAAUGUUAGGACAUUGAGAGAUCAACAGUCUUCAAGGGAUGAUCAGCAAUUCUAUAAUGGGAACGCACUUAACUUCGAGCCGAGAAAAGAUGAAGAUGACAAGAAAGAAGAUUGAUAGGGCUCGUUGUACAAUUGAUCAUUGGCGUUUGGGAAACUGGGCAUUGACAAAGGGGAGGCAAAGUUAGGAAGGUUUUCGAUUGAUAUUGACAUGGCCUUGUAGUAGUAGUUGGCCUUCACACUGAGAUUCUCAGAAAGUGAGGCAAACGGAAAAACUUUUGCACGAAGAGCAAUUCUUUUAAAGGUCUUCCAAAGGCGUUUCCUCAUCUAACAUA